AUGUACAACCUCACGAGGACGCCGUCGAAUAACAACUCGACUGCGUUGAUGCCCGCGGGCGUCGAUGCUGACUCGACAUCGCGACCACGGAACAGGCGGGGCCCGAGCACCAACGACCAUGGCGGCAGGAGCAAGUCGGCACCGCGCCUGACACCCGGCACCAGUCCAGCGCCCAGCCGCGGUGUCAGUCCCAUGCCCUCGGCCCACCUCAGCAGCACCAAACUGGCAUGGAGUGGGCGAUCCAGCCCCUCCAACACGUCCUUUAGCAAGGGCCUCCUCGAGGGUUCGUGGGCACCCAGCUGGACUUCGGUCCAGGACUUUGCCUCUUCCUUGAUCGCUGGAGUGGAAAGCGGCUACAACAGUGAGACCUCGCGGCCAAACAGCAGGAGUGGAAGCAAAACCCGGCAGAGGUCCGCGUGGAAGGGGCUGGGAGCGGCAGGCAGCAGUAGAAAACUACCUGAAAGCUGGGGACCUGCACCACCAACUAACCCGUCACGGCCGAAAGCUGAGGAUAUUGCAGCCGGGUCGCUUGCCGAACGAGAGACGGCGCUCAACGCCAUGAAGAAGGCUAGUAUCCUACAAAGCUACGAGGGAGUCAACGGGGGGCUUGAUGUUGGGGGCAAAUACAAGAGGAGGAAUUCGGACGAAAACCCAGGCACAGUGAGCGAACCCGCCGUUGAGGAACAACUAGUAUAUCUGCACCACGUGCAGCCCAAUGAUACCUACGCGGGCAUCGUGCUCCGGUACAGGUGCCAAGAGCACAUUUUCCGGAAAACCAACGGCUUAUGGUCCCGAGACAACAUCCAGGUGCGCAAGUAUCUUAUGAUGCCAGUAGAUUCUUGCGAGGCCAAAGGGCGGCCCUGCGACCCCCCAACUUGCUAUAACGACAAGAAUGUGGACCACCUGGCGAAGACGCCGCAGCCAGAGAGCUUCAUUCAGAGUGGUGCCGCAGGUUCUUCACAGACGCAGCAGACGCUGCACGAUGACUUCUUUGGCUCCCCAAAUGGGAAAAGCCAAUCACUGCCGGACGAGGAACAACCGUGGACACAUGUCAAGUGGGUGAAACUAGACUCUUUCAGCAACCCUAUUGAGAUUGUGAGGGUCUCGCGGAAAGCCAUGGGCUUCUUUCCACCGAGGAGGAAGAAGAGCGUACACACAGUGUCCAACUUCUCCACUCCGCGCCAUUCCCUGGAAUUCCAUCGAGGCAUGGCCGCGGGCUCGAGCGAGCCGGGAUUGGACAGCCCUGGACGGCUGUCGUCGCGAAGACAAAGUUCGAUGAGCGGCCGGCCAACUAGUUUGAGUCUGGGAACAUCGCCUUCAGCCGGCAGAAGCAGGGGCAAUAGCCUAGGCCCAGCUGAUGGUGUGCCGGCCUGGAUGCGGAGACCAGGUGGGGUAGGGUCCAUGAGCAGGAGUGUAAAGGCACCUGGACCGGCAAACGAUUACUUCAACACCUGGGUCAACAAGCGGCUUCCCAAGGGUUUCAACAUUGACAACAUGCCCUCAAUAUCCGUCAUGGGAUCCGAGUCGGCGUCCUGGGGCUUCAGCAAGAACGAGGAGGCGGCGGGCAUUGUCGAGAGCCCCUUCGAGGAUGGACGUGAAGCGCCAUCGACGUCUCAGCAGGGAGCGGGGCUUGAACAAGCUGCAGCAAGCAUCGAGACUUGGUUGCGCGGCGCGUGGGCCAAGAGACCUGCCACUCCGAGGCUGAGCUCUAACAGAAAGCCGGUGGAAGACCUGGAUCUCAUCGAGCUAACAGACACCAACAGUGAUGACGGGCGAUCGAGGAUUGAAUCUACCAACCGAGACACGGGUCUGCAGAGCCCCCAGGUUUACGGUUCAACGGGAAGAAGUGAUGGAGACGGCACUGUGCGCGGCGCGCAAGAAACCCACGACAGAGCCGCCGCUGCCGCCGCCGCCGCAAUGCCGAUCUGCAUUGAAUGCCGACACCCGGUCAAAACGCUCUGGACGCAGUACUCGGGGGCGGGGGGCCCCUCGAGCGGACACAACAUCCGGCUGACGGUGUGCAAGAAGUGCGGGCGGUUCUGCGACAAGUACGUGGAGCACGACUUCGUGGUGCUCUUCAUCGACCUCGUCCUCAUCAAGCCCCAGGUGUACCGGCACUUGUUGCACAACACUUUGAUGCGCGAGCGCGACCGCUUCGAUCCGUCGAUUGUGCGCUUGGGGACCCUUUUGUUGCUAUUUGACGUUUAUUUGACUUGGGCGAGGAUCGAGAAGCAGACUAUUAUUGGUGGUGGGGGGAUGCCGGACGGGGGAGGGGUAGAAGGGGAGGGCGGAAUGGGAGAAGGCAUGUUAGGGGGACAGAGUAAUUUGGGGGGAUUGGCGAGGAGGCCUAUUGUGUUGCAGUAUAUGUUCUUCUUAAUCCUCUGCACCUUCUCCACCCUUGCCUUCCACCUCAGCAUCCGCUUCCUGACCUCAUCUCCCUGGUCACCACUCAACGGCCUCGGCGUCCUUAACACGUACCCCCGCCCCAACUCCGUCUCUACCGCCCUCCUCGUCAGCUCCUCCACCAAGCUGUUCCCCAUCCUCAUGGUCGUCUGGGACUACGACGUGCCGGCCGCGGCGCGCAGCUUAGGCUGGGCCGUGGUGCUGAACAAUGUUGAGGCCCUUAAGAUAUUGCUCGAUUGUGGGUAUCCCAUUGCGCUGGUGCUGGCAGCUGCAGGGGCGGUGGCUAGGUGGGUCGUCGGCAGGGCCAUAUUGUGGAUGGUUGGUUUGCAGGGCGUGAUUUCAAUUGGGGAGAGUGGUGUCGCGGCUGACGGGAAGGCGUUGUGGGCGGCUAUGGUUUAUGUGAGGGAUUGGGCGGUUAGAUUGGCUGUUGGAUUAGGGUAG